AGCACUGCAGCGCGGAGCUAGUCUGGGGCCAUGAGGAAGGUGCCAGCGGCCCGACCCGGAGCCGCAGUAGGGAUUGGCCGUUGGGCUGUGCGGAGGGCCUGAGGCCGAGAGGGGCGCGGGCGGUCAGGUCGUGCCGGAGCGCACCGCUAUGGCGAGGGAGGAGUGCAAGGCGCUGCUGGACGCGCUCAACAAGGCGACCGCAUGCUACCACCACCUGGUGCUCACUAUCGGAGGCUCGGCAGACUCGCAGAACCUUCGCGAGGAGCUGCAGAAGACGCGCCAGAAGGCGCAGGAGCUGGCGGUGGCUACCGGUGCGCCGCUGACGACCGCGCUGCGAGACAAGGGCAUGGGCGCCGAGGAACGCACCGAGUUCGAACGCCUCUGGGUAGCCUUCUCCGGCUGCCUGGACCUGCUGGAAGCGGACAUGCGGCGCGCGCUGGCGCUGGGCACCGCGUUCCCUCUGCACGCGCCGCGACGGCCGCUGGUGCGCACGGGGGUGGCGGGCGGUGCGGCAGGCGUAGCGGCCCGCGCCCUGAGCGCCCGCACCCUGCGGCACGAGGCACGGCGCAACUUCGACGUAGACGACCUGCGCGAGCUGGAGCGGGAUAUCCUUCAGGUGGGCGAGAUGAUCUACGACCUGGAGACGAAGGUCAACGUGCCCCGCUGGACGGUGCAAGCCCGGCAGGCGGCGGGCGCCGAGCUCCUGAUCAGCGCUGGAGCCUCCUCGGCGGGCUUUGUGUCCGUAGAAGAGCGCACCGGGCCCUGCGACCCGAGCAAGGCCCUGGCUGCCACUGUGUUCAGCGCCGUGCUGCUGGCGGCUGUGGCCCUGGCGGUGUGCGUGGCAAAGCUGAGCUGACCGACACCUGAUAGCCUGCCGCUCAGCUCCUUCCUGACCGCCACCGCUCCUUCCCCAGAGACGCCCCUCUCCUGGAAUGUCCCUUCCCGCUAGGACUCGGGAUGGGAGUGGAAUCUGGCAUGUUUAAGGGGAGCAAUUCUAAAACCCCGUGCGUGUAGGUGUACACGCGUAUUUCAAGCACACAUCUACCGGCAGAACGUGGUUUCCUCCUGCUGGCCAGGGAGGAGUUAAUUUGCGCAGGUUGCCAGGGCAUUACCGCUCAUGUUUG